GGACGGACUCUUUUCCUAGACUCACGAUGUUGAUCAAUGCACCCUCACUGAGAAACGCGAGGCACUGGAUAGUCAAUUAACACACGAAGCUUGCCAAACGCGUCUUCUCUCAUAACUGGAUACUCUACGCUCGUUCUUAUUCAGUGCAGCCGCAAUUUCCAACCCUAACCCUAGUUGUCUCAAAAGACGCGUCCGUGGCGGCGUGCCUCGGCCCAUUCAAUUGGCAUCCGUCGGCCUCCCCCCGUCCCGCGUACAGAUCGCCGAGGCAAAGAUAAGUAGUCGCUGGACUCGCCAAAUCACAGGGCAAACCGCGGGCCGCAAGCUCAGUGUCAACUGCAGCACACCAGCUCCACAGAGCUGCUUGGCCACAGAUUCGUGAGCACGCGCGGGCACACAGCAGUUCUCCUCAUCAGGGCGCGCAACCCAAGACCGCCGUCACUGGCCAAGACGGAACAUGGCUUUCGGCGAGGGCGAGCCCCCAGCAGGGGAGAGCUGCCCCUUCUGCAACAUCUCGGCGAGCUACCCAGCCUUCGACCCGCUGAGCCCGCCCGAGCCCUCGGCCGACUCGCUCAGGCCGGAGAGGACAAACCCGGACCCAGCGACCUUCGUCCUGCUGUCGACGCCGCUGCUCGUCGCGUUCCUAGACAUCAUGCCACUGUCGCGCGGCCACAUACUGCUGUGUCCGCGCGAGCACCGGCCUAAGCUGACGGCGGCGACGGCAGAGGAGUCCCGCGAGCUAGGCUUCUUCGUCCGCAUCCUCUCCGAGGCCGUGGUGCGCGCCACCGGCGUGUCGGACUGGAAUGUCGUCCAGAACAACGGCGCCGCCGCCGCCCAGGUGGUGCCUCACCUGCAUUUCCACAUCAUCCCGCGCCCGGAGCUCAGAGAGCAGGGCAAGUGGAGCGACCGCUUCACAAUGUUUGGUCGCGGUACCCGUUCCGAGCUCGACGACGACGAGGCGGUGGAUCUCGCGCGGAGGAUACGAGAGUCUAUCGCCGAAACGCUUCGUGAAGAGGCUGGCAACCAACCAAAGGCGAAGCUAUAGCCUCGAGCCGCUGGGUCAUUCUGACAAACCACCCACGUCACCGCAUGUCCGACCACCUCCGGCACUGGCAGAGCAACCGUUCGGCUGCCAAACAACAUCACCGACGGGGAGCCAAGGCAGGACUAUGGGCUCCACCUUGAGAAGCCAAAGAUUCUCCGUCUCACCACAAGCGCAUCGCACGCUUCAAGUCGAAGCCAACCAGGCCGUUGAGGUCGAUGCUUGCUCAUCCAAGUCUGAUAUCUAUUACGCCACUUGACAGUAUUAUUCGCAAGAGGCUCUCACUCGCGAGCGACCACCCUCAGGGAUCCAUCAUCGCCCAACAACUUUCCAGGGCACUAAUAUUCACUAUUCACAUAGCACCGGUGUAGCGAUAAUAUCAAGGAACGGUACGCAAUCAUCAAUCUAGUCUAUUCUGUUCUAUAACAAACUGUAAAACGUGACACUCGCUGAUGCUGGCGCCUCUCCAGAGGCCUUGAUAUGUCU